AUGCGUUUGUUGGUGACAUUGCUGGUGGUGGCCGUCGGACUGUGCGGCCAUGGCGGACUAGCGGAGGACCCUUACCAUUUCUACGAAUGGAACGUCUCCUACGGCACGGUUGCGCCGCUGGGUGUGGCGCAGCCGGUGAUCCUCAUCAACGGCCAGUUCCCGGGGCCUAAGAUCAACUGCACUUCCAACAACAACAUCCUUGUCAACGUCUUCAACAACCUGGACGAGCCCCUCAUCAUCACCUGGUCCGGAAUCCAGCACCGGAAAAACAGCUGGCAGGACGGCACGCCAGGGACAAUGUGCCCCAUUGCUCCCGGGACCAACUAUACCUACAAAUUCCAGCCCAAGGACCAGAUCGGCACCUACUUCUACUUCCCCACCACCGGCCUGCAGAGGGCCGGCGGCGGCAUUGGGAUGUUGCAGGUGCUCAGCCGUGAUCUGAUCCCCGUGCCAUUCGAUCCACCGGCAGACGACUACGCAAUCGUUCUCGGGGAUUGGUACAGAAAAGGGCACAAUACCCUGCAGAGGAUCCUGGACUCCGGUCGCUCCAUCGGCAGGCCUGACGGAAUCCAGAUCAAUGGAAAGUCCGGCAAGGUCGGGGACGCGGCAGCCGAGGCGAUGUUCGUGAUGGAGGCGGGGAAGACGUACAGGUACAGGGUCUGCAAUGUGGGGAUGAGAUUGUCGGUCAAUUUCAGGUUCCAGGGGCAUUCGAUGAAGCUGGUGGAGAUGGAGGGAUCCCACACGGUGCAGAACGUCUACGACUCGCUCGACCUCCACGUCGGCCAGUGCGCGUCGGUGCUCGUCGUCGCCGAUCAGACCCCUAAGGACUACUACUUCGUCGCCUCCAGCAGGUUCUUCAAGGACGCUCUCUCCUCCGUGGCGGUUAUCAGGUACAAAGGCAGCAACGCGCCGCCGUCGCCUAAGCUUCCGCCACCGCCGCCGGAGAACACGGAGGGAAUCGCCUGGUCGAUCAACCAAUUCCGGUCGUUCAGGUGGAAUUUGACGGCCAGCGCCGCCCGCCCAAAUCCUCAGGGAUCGUACAAGUACGGGAAGAUCAACAUCACCCGCACAAUCAAAAUCGUCAAUUCGCGGUACGAAUCCAACGGGAAAUUGAGAUUCGGCGUCAAUGGCGUCUCCCACGUGGACGACAAGGAGACUCCGCUGAAGCUGGCGGAGUACUUCGGAUUGGCAGACAAAGUGUUCGCCUACGACCUGGUGAAGGACGAGCCGCCGGCGGGGCACGAAAUUAAGCCGGUGGUGGCUCCGAGCGUGGUGAACGCAACUUUCAAGGGUUUCGUGGAGUUCAUUUUCGAGAACCACGAGAAGACAAUCCAGAGCUGGCACCUGGACGGGUACUCGUUCUUCGCGGUGGCGAUCGAGGCGGGGAAGUGGAGCCCGGAGAAGAGGAAGAACUACAACCUAGUGGACGCGGUGAGCAGGAACACGAUCCAAGUGUACCCUGGGACGUGGGCGGCGGUGAUGACGACGCUGGACAACGCCGGAAUGUGGAACCUGAGGUCGGAGAUGAGGGAGAGAGCGUACCUGGGGCAGCAGCUCUACAUCAGCGUCCUCUCGCCGGAGAGAUCUCUGAGAGAUGAGUAUAACAUUCCUCCCACGCAGCAGCUCUGCGGCAUCGUCAAGAAUCUCCCGCCGCCCGCUCCCUACACUUAA